AGUUUUACUUUAGUCUUGAUUCCUUCCCAGGGAAGGUUGACCUGUAAAGGAGUUUCGACGAAAAAGAAGAAGACGACGACGUAGUUUUAGUAGUAGUUGUUAGUUAGUUAGUGGGUGGCUGUACUUUAACUAUGGACCCUGCGACUUGGGAACGAACGAUGGAUCUGAUGGGACAGGAGAUGGUCAAGAAGCAAAGACUUGGAUUGGGUCUUUGGAACCGUCUCAAAACCGUUGAGCCCCCACCACAAGAGACAUUACGGGAAGUGGAGGAGGUGGAAGAGAAGGAGGAUGAAAAUCAGCAUCAAGAGGAUCUGACGACGAGUACAACUGCGACGAUAGAAGCACCAGAACAUUCCACAUUAUUACCACCAGGGUUUGCAAAUACCUCUAUCGAAUCAAUACCAAUCUCUUCAUCGGAUAAUGAAUCCCCAAUCCCAAACUUCCUCGAUACAAACUUUAUCUCGGAGAACUCGCUGAAUAGCAUUCUUCGAAAUGCGCAGGAUAAUACUGAUGGGUUUCGUCAGGAUCAGAGUUCGACGCCACCUUUGUUAUUUCCUGGAGAAGGGGCAGAAGGCCCUUCCUUGUCCAAGAUGAACGUCACUUGGCAUGACCCGCAAACAGCUCAUGCUGCUUUUCAAGAUUUUUUUACUCCGAACACAUCCAAUUCAGCGUUUAACAUUUCUGACGACGUGGCUGAUCAAUCUUCAAAGAAUUGGGAUGAAUACGGGGAGAACUAUUAUAUGAAUGGUGUAGCUCAGCACAGUGAAGAGUUUCCCGAUUUUUUUAGCACUUCUUCUCCUCAUGCUCUUGUUAGGAAACGCAACUAUGCAACCGAAGUGGUCGAUACAGACUUUCAAUUUCUGGACUCAAGUGGCGAAGCGUCUACUAAUGAUCAUGAAUCUCCUAGAAACUGGGAUAGUCCUACACGGGAGACAAAAAUUGGUAAUCCCCUGCAAUUCAACAACCCAUCUGCCGUGGUUGCAAGAUUGACUACCAGGGAAUGUAUCCAAUUAAUCAAGGCCUUAGGAAAUAGUCUUAGCGAAUGUCAGGAAGCGGAUAGUGCUCAAGCAUCUCAAAUCGUUUCAUUAAUGCAAUUGAUUCAGGGCCAGCUCAUGACAGAAAUGCAGUCGCCCAUAGACUCACCAACAAGUCCUCGGCAUCCUUCAUCUUCGACGUCGUUAGAGUCACCGGUGGAUCGUACGGCCAAGUAUCACCGAGAGAUCACAGGUUUUGCCUCUAAAUUUUCUGCUGAUGCUGUAUUUACUUGGAGCGGACAACUGCCCCCACGGAUUCACCGAAAUCCUACAUACUCGUGCAAGAUUUUCUUGGGCGGUGUUCCAUUCGAUAUUACCGAAAUGGCACUGAUUCACGCAUUCAAAAUAUUUGGUAAUGUUAAAAUCGAAUGGCCUGGAAAAGACAUUGCUCCUUCUCAGCCUAAAGGAUAUCUGUAUGUCAUUUUUGAGCACGAAAAGCAGGUGAAGCUCUUGCUACAAAAUUGUUUUCUGGACUACAGCAAGAGUGUAUCUGGCGAUUGGUAUUUCAAGUUGACCUCGAAGCGAUUUCGUGAAAAGGAUGUUCAAGUUAUUCCCUGGGCCUUAUCGGACAGCAACUACGUCAAGUGCCAAGCUGCUAAAAUUGAUGCGAAGAAAACAAUUUUUGUUGGUGCGCUUCACGGAAUGUUAAAUGCAGAAGGGCUCGCUAAGAUAAUGAAUGACUUGUUUGAUGGCGUAGUUUACGCAGGCAUUGACACAGACCGACACAAAUACCCCAUUGGAUCUGGCAGGGUUACUUUUAACAAUAUGAAGUCUUACAUGAAGGCAGUUUCCGCUGCAUUUGUUGAGAUUAAAACAAAGUUCCGAAAGAAGGUUCAGGUGGAUCCAUACUUGGAGGAUGCAACUUGUUCCGUGUGCAAACUUCAACAAGGUCCAUACUUUUGUCGAGAAUGGUGCUGUUUCCGAUACUUUUGUCGCACUUGCUACCAAACCCAACAUGGGUCUGAAGAAUUCCGAAAGCACCGACCACUGAUGCGUAAUGCGAGCAAACCAGCAGGUACAGCAGGAUCCGUGACCUCUGUGACCUUCUCCCCACUUGGAAAUCGUUCGAAUUAUAACUCGAACCGAGCAUUCUUUGGGAACUCGAAUCGCAGCAAUAAUAACUAUGCGCACAACAACUGGGGUUCUGCCAGCGGAAACUACAACGGAAAUUUCAAUGGAAACUACAAUCAGCAACGACAACUAAACGACUAUGGUGCUUCACGUUAUGUGUUGCAUUGAAAAUAUAAUUUAUAAGUAUAAUUUUGUAGAGGUCAUGUAUUUAAUUUGUAUGAGCUGCUCCAGUUUUUGGGGAACUUAGAUCUUAAAGAAUGAGAACAUUCCAUCCGUUGUGGGCCCCAUCAGCAUUGGUACUUGGUUCUUAUGACUCACGGUCAGCUGCGGAGGAAAGAAAAUGGUCAAAUUUUGUUAUAGAAAUUUAUACGAGACUCAAAAUUGCUUUCAUUUUGUUUAAGCAAACUAAUAAAAUAGUAAAAUAUUAGAGAA